AUGAACAUCGAUUCAUUCGAACAGCUUACAACCAGAAUCGGUCGUUUACGAUUAAAAAGAUGUGGACCAAUUCCGGCUUUGACAAUCCUCGUCGAUUACGCACCGACAUCAAGCUAUGACGAAGAAGAAGUCGAAGCGUUCAGUAUGAGCUUGGUGUUCUACAGAGAAGAUCAUACAUUCUUCAAGGUCAUCAUUGGAGAUCAACAUCAGACCAGGUCACAAUCAAAAACCGGAAAUCAAAGCAUCGUCUAA